AUUCUUUCUUCUUCGUUCCCAUCAACAACAUUCUUCUCUUUGUACAUUACUUUCUACCUUACUCUCAGCAUUUGCCGCUACUCUUAGCCACCCGCUUCAACAGAUACCAGUCCUGGCGGUAUAACACCCUUCACCCAACCUCCUCUCUCAUCCAUCAUGUCAGAAUGGAUGGUGACAGCGUCCAGCGCCGUAGUCCUGGACGAAUCAAUCCUCCAGCUCUGGCUCCUCGGACACAACGUCGACCAGGCAACCAUCCUACGUAUGCCAGCCAUCCAACCGCCCGUGCCCUCGCGUGUCCUCAAAUCUUACAUCACCUCACAGUACCGGACCUACGAAAUGAUGCACCACUACCUCCACCACCCUCGCCACUUUGCCGGACAGUUCAUGUUCCCCCUCUCCCAUAGCGCCAAACAGCACCUCAUCGAGAGGUAUUACAGUUUUGAUGAAUCUGUGAUCAGGGAGAUUUUGGGCAAGAAACUCAAUUCGAGAACAAGGAAGGAUCUGGAUGAAGUCCACGAAAAGACCGGCGUGAAACUGACUAGCUGUCGCAGACAAUUCGACAAUCUGAAGAGAGUAAUGAAGAGGGUCGAAGAUGCAGAAGGCAGGACAUUGAUACAGGAUAUAGAGCAUCAAUUCCUUUUGCCCCAUCAUCUUGCAAGCCAAUACGCACACAUCCUAUUCAUUGCUGACAAUAAAUUCGACACCUUCCGGAAACGUCUCUCCUGCUACCAAUUCUCCGACUUUGAAUACUGCAGCGCCAUCCUCAUGCAGUAUUUCACCGCCCCCACUACGGACACCCUCCCUGAAUUCGACCCCCAACUCGCCCAGGACCUCCGUGACCUCAAAUCCCUCCUCCUCAACGACCGCGCCGUCCUUGACGAAUUCCGGAACCGCGUCUCCAACGCCCUUGCUUCUGAAUCUUCCCACCCCCCCGUGCUCGAACGGAUACAGAGUAACUUCAAGAUCAUCUUGCGUAACAUGCUCUCGAUUGGUGGAUUGAUCAACCAGCAGAAGGAGGUCCGGAACAUCUUUGGAGAGAUUGCGGAGAAGAUUGUCGAUGCCUUUAUCCAGGUCGGAUGGUCUGUAUUGGAUAUGGAGUGUUUCUUUGAUUGCAUGAUCGCAGAGCUCCAGAAUUUGACGACACUGGCGAGUCGGUAUCGCAAGCGGUACGGGGCUAGUUGGAUACAACUCGUUAUGGGGAUAAAGUUGUGUUCUAUACGACUUUACAGGCAGCCUUCUCCGCAGUCGAUCCUCACCCGUAGUUUUACCAGAUAAAAACCAAUCGCAUCCACAACAGCUACAAGCUUGUUCCUGCCACCAACAAUUUUGAAUUUACCAGGAAUCAAUCUCUCUGCUUGUCUCUUUUGUACGAUCGUAAAACAAAAUGCCAACAGCAUAUAUCUACUUCAACAGAAGCAAAGA